GCUCGGGGCCGGGCGCGAUCGGGCGAGAGUGGAGCCGGGCACGGGGGUCCCGGCCCAGACGGGGCCGCUCUCCGGUCGCCCCGGCCCCAUACGGGCCCAGUGCGGCAGAUUUUUGGGGCCAAAAGCGAAUUUUCCACGGUUUUCGGCGGUAUCGCCGCCGCGUUCUUCUCUGCGGGUUUUUCGGGGGGAAUCUGGGGACCGGCCGGUGGCACCGCCUGCCGGAACGCCUCCCCACUCUCCCAAAAUGCCACGGCUGAGACUGUGACCCCACUCCCGGCUACGGAAUCGCGGGGUGCUUCUUACCCCCCUCCCCGGGCCGGGCUUCUCAGAAAGGACUUUGCAAUGCUGCGGCUCCCCAGGGGAGUGUCCCCCGCCCCGGGGAGGGGGGGUACCGCCCUCCCGCCCCCCCCUCCCCACCAACACCCGAAGAAGGUCAUGUCAGUGAUGGUCUCCUGUGAUCCGGGGGCUUCCAGCCUGGGUACACCCCCGUUAUCCACUGGCUGUUUCACCCAAGUCAACACGCCAGCGGCUGUCAGUGCCCCCGCUUCACAGGGCAGGUACCUCUGUGACACCCCCCAAGGCCCCGAGCUCAGGACCCUCUGUUCAGCCUCGGCGGGACGGCUGCCGGCCAAGAGGAAGCUGGACCUGGAGGGCCCUGAAUUUCGCACGCCCAAGGGGAAGGGCUGGACACUGGGACAGGUUCCCAGCCCCAGGACCCCCAGAUCUCCUGGGGAGAAGACUCGCUACGACACCUCGCUCGGGCUGCUCACCAAAAAAUUCAUCCGUUUGCUGAAUGAGUCUCCUGAGGGUGUUGUGGAUCUGAACCAGGCUGCUGAGGUGCUGGAGGUCCAGAAACGUCGCAUCUACGACAUCACCAACGUGCUGGAAGGCAUCCAGCUCAUCCGCAAGAAAUCCAAGAACCACAUCCAGUGGAUGGGGACGGGGAUCUUUGAGGAUGUAGCAACGGUGGUGAAGCAACAAGUGCUGCGUGGGGAACUGGCUGAGCUGGCUAGGACAGAGAGGAUGCUGGACCAGCUCAUGCAGGACUGUGCCCUGCAGAUCCAGCAGCUGGCUGACAAUGAGACCAACCAGAGGCUGGCAUAUGUCACCUACCAGGACCUUCGUGCCAUCAGCAGCUUCCAGGAGCAGACAAUGAUUGCUGUGAAGGCUCCCCCUGAGACACAGCUGGAGGUGCCAGACUUCAGCCAGGAGAACUUCCAGCUUUACCUGAAGAGCACCAAUGGCCCCAUCGAGGUAUACCUCUGCCCAGAGGAGAUCACGGAAGAAAGCCCCACCAAGGACCACCCUGUUCCCUCUGCUGCUACCUCCCCACAGGACCACUCCAUACCCCUUUGCCUGAUGAACAGCUCCCCAUCAGCCACACAGCCACCCCACCCCCUCUCCCAGAGCUGGGGGGGCACAGGAACUCCUCUCUCACCCCUAUCUCUGCCUCUCCCCAUUCAGGGGGGACCCAGCUCACUGCUGGAGAUGGAGCCUGGGCUCCUGGGCUCCCCUGCCCACCUUCUGCAGCAGACAGAGGACCAGCUGCCCUGCACCCCUUCCCACCUGGACUUGGGACCUUUCGUUACCUUCUCGCCCCCCUUGGAACAGGAUGAUUAUCUCUGGGCACUUGAGGGUGAGGGUGUCACAGACCUCUUUGAGACAUACGACCUGGGAGACCUGCUGAAGCACUGAGUGUCCCCCCAGUCCCCAUUGCCUUUGUUCCCUCUGGCCACUUGUGUCCUGAGCAUGUGGGAUCUCUGUGGGGUGACUAGAGAGACGGUAUGUUGGGGAGCAGGGUUUUCUGAGGAUGGGGGCGAGGGGAGGCCUUGUGUUGCUCACUCUGUGUGGCUUCUCUGCACUGUCCUGGGUUGGUUGUCACCUCACUGGGCUCUGAGAGUGCCCUGUGAUCCAUCCAGGCCUGUUCCAGCAUUCCCCAAUAAAUCCAUGGGGCACCGACACUUCCCACCAUAACCCCCCACCACUCUGGGGAUGCUGGUGUACUGGGGGUGCCUUUGGGUGCCCCGCAUGAGUUAGGGGUGCCCUUGGGUGGCAGAGAAACUUCUGCCCAGAAUGUGCUGUGUCAUGGUUUGGGGUCACUCCAGUUGCUCCUCAGUUAAACCGGUUCUUCAUGGUCACAACAGGUCAUUUCCAGUGGCAUUUUCCCCACCAUGGCUGGAAUAUCCUUAAAAUACCAUUGGGGCAGCAAAGCUGAAGUUACCUUUGGGUGAGGGAAGACUGAAGCUCACGUGGCUCCGGCAAAUCUCUGGCCAGGACAUGGAGCCAUAUUCCCUGAGGGGCUGCAGCCCCUCUGCCCCAGUCCACACCAGCUCCCUCCAGCCUCUUGGAGUUACUGGUGCUGGCAGUAUCAAAACUGGAAUGUACUGGGAAGAGGUAUUCCUGGGGGAGGCAAUGACCUGCAGAGAGGAGCUUGGGAAACAGCUUAGGAUAAGCCCUGGGACAUGGGGUAGGAUAGGGCUUUUAAUUGUGCCAUUCUUUGUUAAAUAUCUGUAAUUUUUGCAGUGUAUUUAUCCGGGUUUCCCCUUUGGUGUGGGGCUGUCAGGGCUGGGAGGGGUUGGAUUUGUCUGUGGGUGUAUUUAAGUUGUCCUUCCUUGCGUUGUUGGUGCUCCUGUAGGUUGGCUCAAGAGACAGUGUGGGUGAGAAUAUAUUUUGGCCUGGAAAAACUUGUGGCACUUGAUGUUUUUUGCCCAUGAGGGGUUGAAAUAAAAUAAAAUUUUG